AUGGCAAGCGGCAGCACAACCAAUCUGUGGACACACUACACAGACAAGCAUGCGCCCAACCUCUCCAUUGCAAUGGACAAGUACCUAGACAACAGUGGCAACUUGCGAGACACUCCGAGGAUAACCAUGGUCAAGUGGCUAGUGAUGAACCAUCAGCCCAACCUCAUCGUCGAGCAAAAAUUCUUCAAGGAGAUGAUCGACUCAUUCAUUUGGAGUACUUGGUCCAAUAGCUCUUGUACUCCAGCUUCAGCAUGUUAA